AUGAGCAGUGGUGGUGGUCAGUCAAAAAGGCAAAAUGACAACAAGAGCAAGGAAGCCAUGGAGAAAGAUCGGUCCACACCGAAUUCGGCACCGAAAAAUCCGUCAGGUUCUUUGCUCCAAGAAAUGUCGAGAGGUGCAUUUGUCCCCGGAUUUUCUGGGUCGGUGCCGUUUUCUGGUUUUCCGUCAAAUUGGCAGGAAAUACCGCCGUUUUUGUUGAAUCCAGGGUUCAUGCCAUCGAUGACAGCGAUGGAUAUGUUCUCGACGGCAGCCAUUUUGCACUCGUUACAAGGUUCUACAAUGUACCCCCCAACGAGUAUGCCACUUUUAAGGUCACCAAUGGGUCUGAUGCAACCUAAUUACGGCCCAGGGAUAUUUCCUCAGCAGGGCAGUGAUGUUCCAAGAGAAGGUUUGCGUCGCACGCCUCAUAAAAUUCAGGAUCCGGGCAUUGAGUGUGAGAAAGUUUUGAUGCUUCAGAUGAAGAAACAUGAUCCCACAGCCUCUACUAGAUUCACAAGAUCUCCAUAUAGCUCUCGAGGAUCUGUGCAUAAUUUAGAAGGGAAAAUGCAGAACACUGAAAUGGACGAGCAGGUUGUUAACAUUGAUUCUGAUGAGGAGGAAGAGGAGGAAGAAAAUGAUGAGGCACCAAUGCCACUUAUUAAAAAAAUGAAGGAGUCAGAUUUUUCAUCGAAUCCAAAAAUAAAUGAAUGUUCUAACACUUCUUUCAAGUCUUGUGCAUCUAAAGAUGAAUCAAACUUAUCAAUUUCAUUCACUGCAUCCAACUUUGAAUGUUCCUCCCCAGUCAAAAAUGAUGACAAACAAUCACAGAAACAUCUUUUAGACACAUCCACCACUGAAAAAUCAGUCACAUCAGAAUUUGACACAUCAGAACACAGAAUCAACUCGGAUUUUGAUCAGCCAUCAAACAAUGUUCGACACACAAUAACUCUUCCUCCAAGAAAACGUUUGAAAUACGACGAAUUACUUGAGCCACCAACAACAGCCGUUGUUAACCUAACAAAAAUCCCCACAACUACAACAACCACAACAUCAACAAUCACAUCCUCAUCGACAAAUUUCAGUUACAUUUCAUCACACUCCAUCUCAUCAGACAGUCCCCAGUCAACUAAUUUUAGGUCAUGUUGGAAGAAAUUUAGUGCAAAGAUAAACAACAAUGGACAGCCUCUGUUUCGAACAUUUCAUUCUACAGGCAAGCCAAUGUACUACAAAGCUAUCAUACAGAAAUAUUUGGAUGGGUCAAAGCAGAGGUCAUACCCAAAAGAGGCACAAAUCCCUGACGGCCCCACGUCUCCACGAAUCACGAGAAGUCAGGCUAAACAGAAGAACUCAACACAAGGAAGUGAAAACACGUCUUCAACGGAGCUGACUGAAAAAUCGACAAUUCGUAAAUCUACAAGGAAAAAGGUGUCCAAUAGUAAAUAUGACGCUCCUAAUAUCAUCACCCCAGGCAUAAAAGGUAAGAAACAAAGAUCUAAGAAGUCUCUGACCAGCCAGGAGACGGAAGAAUCUGCCAAUCAAACUGCUUCAAAUGAGAAAAUUGCAAAUGAUCCCAAACUAGAUGAAAGUUCAGAAAACUCAACAGCAACGACAAUGGCAACUACACUAACUCAGAACGACGACCCUCAAACCGAAAAACUCACCAAUGAUGACAUUCUAAAGUCAUUAGACAAACCGACAGAAAAUAACUUAUCAAUAAUAACAGAUCUCCAAGAAACAAAGCUCCCAUCCAGUUCGAUGAUGACACCGGAUUUCAAAAAGUUAGAACACUGUGACAGAAAGUCGACAUCGUCGGGACUGUCGACAUGCUCUGGGGAUGUCUCGUUUGACCCCGACCCACCCAUCAUCCUUCAUCCUAAAUUUCGUCAUUCUAAGAAGAAAACCAUUUUUAUAACUUCUUUUCAAGAUGACGUUAUUACUACCAUUACUACUUCUACUGCAGCUGCUGCUGCUACAUCCACUACUACUACUACUACUGUUUCUACUGCUACUACUUUUGCUGCUACUACUUCUUCUACUAGUUCCGGUAAUAUUACUACUAAUAAUGUAAGUUGUGAAGCUGGUGUUGUUGGUAAAUCUUUUAUAACAACGCCUCUUACUGAUCAAAUGGUUGAAAAUUUAGUUGGAGAUAAUAGCGUUGAAUGCGAAAAUUCUUUUAUUAUUAUUACUACUACUACUACUGCUGCUGCUGCUGCUGCUGCUGUUACUGCUGCUGUUACUGCUGCUGUUACUGCUACUACUUCUACUAGUAGCAGUGCCGCUACUACCACAGCCGCUGCUGAUGAUGAUAAUAGUGGUGGUGUUGGCGGGAGUAAUAAUAAAGACGAAAACAUUGAUAAGGGGAAUAUUGAGAAAAUGGUCAUUUCAACGGCGUCUAAAUCUAACGACGAGGAUGAAAGCUUGGAUGCGAAUAAACACAACAACAAUAACAGCAAUAAUAAUAAUAACAAUAACAAUGUGAAUAAUAAUAACAAUGAGGAUGAUGUUGUCAUCAACUGCAGCAGGACAGAAUCAGACAACAGUGACGCUACUACUACCAAAGUUUCAAUUCUAAAUGAACUGACGCCGAAAAAUGAUCAAGAUAAUAAUGAUAGUAGUAGUAGUAGUACUGUAGCUACUACCGAUGCUACUACUACUACUACUACUACUACUACCACUACUACUAUUACUUCUACUGCAGCUAGUGCUGCUGCUACAAUUGCCACAAAUGAGAGUAAUAGUAUCAAAGAUAGUGGCGGGUUUAGUAGCGGCAGUAGCGUUAUUGUUAGUAUUUGUAGUACUAGUCACGCUACUGAUGUUAACACCAGCUGUAAUAUUAACGAUAGUAAAAUUACUAAACACGAUAAUGAGGUAGAAAGAGUUGAAAAUGAAACAGAUCUUGAUCCCCAAGUUAGCAAUAAUAAUGAUACCAUUUUAAAUCAACCUUCUAUAGUUUCGGUGAAAAUUCCAGAAAAGUUGAAGCUGAAAAUUGAUUUAAGAAAUAAUGGUAUUAUCUCGUCGUCAUCUUCUUCAUCAUCUUCAUCAUCGUUAUUAUCAUCGGAAGUUAAGCACAAGAGAUCAGUUGUCGUUGUCUUACCAAAUAUGCCUCCCGACACAGCUGUUGAAAAGAAACAGAAUGUCAAAAAGCAAAGAUAUAAAGAUAGAAGACUGUCUAGUCAGAAAGUCGUAGAAAAGAAAAGUUUGGAAAGCGAAAAUAUGCUUAGCUCAGAUACUGCAGAUGAUAAAAUGUCUGAACAUUUACUGCCCAGUAACGAAUACUUAACAGAAAAAAUAGACGGCAAUAAUACUGUAUGUGUUAGUAGCGUUAUUACCGAUGCUGCAACUAAUAUUAGUAGCAGUAGUACCUUGAAGGAAAAAACAAAAUAUAAAACUGUCAAAGUCAUCUUAAGUAACAAAUCUGUUUUAGAACACAGCAGCAGCAGCUCGGCAGCAACAGCAGCCACGACAGCAGCCACAACAUCGGCAGUUGUUGAUCAGGUUAAAGUAAACGAGUUGCCGACGUCAAAUGAUAACUUUGAUGAUGCCAUUGGGGAUAACAAGUUUGAAGGCACGGCGAAUGUUUAUAAUUUUUCAGAAAAUGAUCUAGAAACAGCCGCGAAAUUAGAUGCUGGACCAGCGUUAAAUGCUUCUCCCACAAAACCGGGACGGAAGAAAAAACCGAAAGGUAGAAAGAAAAAAAAUAAUUCCAGCUCCAACAAUCUGGUCACCUCAAACAUUAACGUUGAUUCCAAUGUUGUUAGUGCUUCUUCGGAUACGAAAAUAUCUGACUUGGAGAUGAUAAGACUAUCUAGCGAAUCUUUAAAUACUUUAACUCCCGUUGAAUCAGGCAGUAGUUUAUCUGAAAGUCAGUUGAACAGUUCAAAAGAUGUCUUACCUAAAAAAUUGAAACAGAACGCGAACGCCGCAUCGAAGCCGACGUCAACUUCAGCACUAACAACAACCACAACAACAGCAAGUAAUAAUUUCCAACUAUCGCCGACUAGCAGUGUGAGUAACAACAAACCGGUCGAUAUUUACGAUUGGAACGCCAAUAACGAGAAUGAUAAUGAGAAUCUGGAGAAUCUUAUUAAGAUCCGACGCAAGAGGAUGUUGAGUAAAACGUCCAGAGGGGUUUCAUCUAAGAAGAGAGCCAGCUCAACUGAUAAUCUUCUAUCGACCUGCAAAUCAUUUUCGGUUGUUGUUCAGAAGUUAGAGCCGUCAUCUUCUGAAGCGGACAACAACAACAACUUUAAUACACUCCCAGAUAAUAAUGAUAACUUCACUUUAGAAAACAAGCCAACCUUAAAAUUUGAAAUUAAUGCGAAAAAGCGGAAACAGAAGAACAUUCGCCAGAGUAAAGAAAAGAACAAAAAAAGUAGAAACUCCAGCGCUAGUACGAGCAAGAUGAAACAGUUUUUACCAUUAAAUCGACCAGCAACUCAGUUAUCUGGCAUCAGCAGCAUUGGUGCUGGUAGCACUGCCACGAACAACUUUUGUGCUUCCCCACAAAGAUGGCUGCAACAUAUUGAGCCCUUGCAAUCCCCUCCAGAAACUCGAAUCCCGCCAUCAAUCAAACUGCAUUCAUCCACUUAUAACUCGCCAAAUUCAUUUAAUAGCAAUAACCUAGGCAGUAGUAGUACUAAUGUUAAUAAUAAUAGUAGUAGUAGUAGUAAUAGCAAUCUAAAUGAAAGUUCAGCGAAAUUGAAAACGCCACAAACUGCCAGUAAUCAACAAGUUGACCCAACAUCAUCAUCGUCGUCUGCAUCGUCAUCCAUGCCAGUGAAGUUUAAAUUGAAAAAGAUAGGCAAGGAUUGGAUUUCAGUAGACGCCAAGAGUCAGGGCGACGUUACGCCUGACAGAAGCUUUAAAGAGAAGAAAAGUAAGAAUAAAUUAUUGAAAAAGUGUUUAAAAGUUGAAAAUCCUGAAUCGAUCUACGUGCCAGAGAGUAUAGCUCAAGGUUUUGUGUGUGAGGAUGAUGAUUUGAGGCAAGCCUUUUUGCAAAAAAUAACUCUAUCUGAUUUCUUUCAAUCACUUUUUGGUAAUUUUCCAGUCGGUAAUUUACCAGAAAUCAAUCCGAAUUUGAGUUUUAAGUUUAUUCUAGAUGAAGAUAACGACGAAUGUGAUGUUUUUGUUACUCUCCAACCAAGCAAAACUUUUUUAGUCCCUAGUGAGAUUGAAAUCUUGAUGUCAGGGCUGAAAAUUAACGAAGCUAAGAUGGCAAGCUCACCGAAAGAUGAAAGAACAACAGCUGAUGAAUCUCAACAAAGCCAAAAAACUACGAAACCAGAACCGGAAACACGGAAACAAAAUCCCUGCCUCCCAACAAACGAUCCCAUCAUUCAGAGCUGCAACUUUUACAAAAAAGAUGAACUUCUUUUAAACAGUACGGAAAAGGAUAACGAAUUAUUACAGAACGUCAAUCUGGACACAAAACGUCAUGGAAGUCAGUUCCAAUCGUUUCAGCUGGCCCCACUUACAGAGGAUAUCUCCAGAUCGUAUACAGGAUCAUUGGAUGAAUCCUGUUGGGAUUUUAUUAACUAUCACAUCAUUAACGUUUUGUGA